GACUGGACGCGCGCGGCCUCUGCUGCUCCCAGCCCCGCCAGACCCGACGCCCGGGCGGGAGAAGUGCGGGGGCCGACGCACCUCAGAAAGGCGGGGGCAGGAGCAGCUCUCCUUUACCCUAGAGCGGCGACAGAAGCUCUUCGGAGGCUCAGUGGCCAAGGGGACGGACAGAUUUGCGCGGCGGAUUCCUCCUAAGCUACCCGUGUGGAAGAAGUCAAGCGGAGGCUGCAGGCCGGGCCGCGAAGGGGGUGACACCGCUCGUCGUCCCGCCCCUUCCGGUGGCGGCUUGGAGCCACUUCCGGCAGCGGCGGCGUCCGGGCUAGGUCCCGGCGUGAAAGGCCCCGGUCCAGUUCCUAAUUUCUCAUCCAGGGCUUGCCGGCGAGGCCUGGUUUAGGUCUCCAGUAAUCGAGCCGAGGCCGGGCAGGCGCGACCCGGGCUGCGAACGGCAGAGCUGCCUCAGAAGUGGUAAAAUGUGCUGCGAGAAGUGGAGCCGCGUGGCGGAAAUGUUUCUCUUCAUUGAGGAGCGGGAGGAUUCUAAGAUCCUGUGCCUUUGCUCCAGGGCAUUUGUAGAGGAUCGAAAAUUAUACAAUUUGGGAUUAAAAGGCUAUUACAUCAGAGACAGUGACGACAAUUCAGGAGACCAGGCGACAGAAGAGGAGGAAGGUGGUUAUUCUUGUGGUACUGCGGAAUCACGUGACAGCAAAGGCAUAUGCCUAGAUGAAAGUGAGCUUGAUUCUGAGGCUGAACUCAUGAGAAGUAUGGGAUUGCCACUUCAAUUUGGUAGGAUAUCUGCACAUAAGAAUUUUGAGGUAUCUAUGAAUACUAGAAAUAAAGUUAAAAUAAAAAAGAAAAAGAAAAAACAUCAAAAGAAAUACUUAGAUGAAAUUAUGCAAGAAUCUUGGAGAAAAGAAUAUGAAGAAGAACACAUUUUGGCUUCAGAUGAUCCAUCUUCAAUUGAACAGUAUGAGAACACCAGAAUAUGUGAACUUCAAAGCAAAAAAGAUACUGAGACAGAAAAUCUUCCUGUGGAAAAUACAUUAUCUCCAAAGCUAGAAAUUACAGAGAAAUGGGAAAAGUAUUGGAAUGAAUAUGGAGGAGGACUAUUGUGGCAAAGUUGGCAAGAAAAACAUCCGGAUCAAGCACUGUCCUCUGAACCUUGGAACUUUCCUGAUACAAAGGAAGAAUGGGAGCAACAUUAUAGUCAACUUUAUUGGUAUUAUUUGGAACAGUUUCAGUAUUGGGAAGCUCAGGGUUGGACUUUUGAUGCUUUGCAAAGCUGUGAUACAGAUACUUACACAUCUAAAACAGAAGCUGACAACAAGAAAGAUGAAAAAUGCUUGAAAGUUGACUUAGUAUCUUUUCCAUCUUCACCUAUUAUAGUUGAUAAUGACAGCUCUGGUACAAGUGAUAAGGAUUGUAGUGAAAUACUUGAUGGAAUUAGUAACAUAAAACUGAAUUCAGAGGAUGUAAAACAGAGCCAAUUAGAUUCCUCUACAAGUCAUGAUUGUCAUCAACAGCUAAGUGAAGUUAGUAGCAGAAGAGAGUGCCCUGCUUCCGGCCAAAGUGAACCACAUAAUGGAGGAACCAAUGAGGAAAGCAACUCACCAGGGAAUACAAGCACAGACCCACCAGCUCAGGAUUCACAGAAGUCUUCAGGAACAAACACAAGCAAAGACAGACCACAUGCCAGUGGUACUGAUGGAGAUGAAAGUGAGGAAGAUCCACCUGAGCAUAAGCCAAGCAAACUGAAGAGGAGCCAUGAACUGGACAUUGAUGAAAACCCAGCUUCAGACUUUGAUGACAGUGGUUCCCUUCUAGGAUUCAAGUAUGGCUCAGGACAAAAAUAUGGCGGAAUUCCAAAUUUCAGUCAUCGGCAGGUCAGAUAUUUAGAGAAGAAUAUGAAGCAUAAGUCUAAGUACCUGGACAUGCGCAGACAAGUAAAGAUGAAAAACAAACACAUCUUCUUUACCAAAGAAUCAGAAAAACCAUUUUUCAAGAAAAGCAAAACUCUGAGUAAGGUAGAAAAAUUCCUCACAUGGGUUAACAAACCAAUGGAUGGAGAAGCAUCACAAGAAUCGUCUUCUCAUGACAAUGUGCACGACACUUCCACAAGUAGUGAUUCAGAGGAACAAGACAUGUCUGUUAAAAAAGGUGACGACCUCCUGGAGACUAGUAAUCCAGAACCUGAACAUUGUCAGAGCGCAUCUUCAGCUGGUGAACUUGAAACAGAAAACUGUGAAGGAGACAGCUUGGUAGCAACUGUUCCAGACGAGCAAGAUUGUGUUAUUCAAGAAGUACCAGAUUCCUUCCAGGCAGAAACUGAAGCUGAAGUUAAAAAGAAGAAGAACAAGAAGAACAGAAAGGUGAAUGGUCUGCCUCCUGAAAUAGCUGCUGUUCCUGAGCUGGCAAAAUACUGGGCCCAGAGGUACAGGCUCUUCUCCCGUUUUGAUGAUGGCAUUAAGUUGGACAGAGAGGGCUGGUUUUCAGUUACACCCGAGAAGAUUGCUGAACACAUUGCUGGCCGUGUUAGUCAGUCCCUCAAAUGUGAUGUUGUAGUAGACGCAUUCUGUGGGGUUGGAGGAAAUACCAUUCAGUUUGCCUUAACAGGAAUGAGAGUGAUUGCCAUUGAUAUCGAUCCUGUUAAGAUUGCCCUUGCUCGUAAUAAUGCAGAAGUUUAUGGAAUAGCAGAUAAGAUAGAGUUCAUCUGUGGAGAUUUCUUACUGCUGGCUGCUUGUUUAAAGGCUGAUGUUGUGUUCCUCAGCCCGCCUUGGGGAGGGCCAGACUAUGCCACUGCAGAGACCUUUGACAUUAGGACGAUGAUGUCUCCUGAUGGCUUUGAAAUUUUCAGACUUUCCAAGAAGAUCACUAAUAAUAUUGUUUAUUUUCUUCCAAGAAAUGCUGAUAUUGACCAGGUGGCAUCCUUAGCUGGGCCUGGAGGGCAAGUGGAAAUAGAACAGAACUUCCUUAACAAUAAAUUGAAGACAAUCACUGCAUAUUUUGGUGACCUAAUUCGAAGACCAGCCUCUGAAACCUAACUAUGCAGCACUGUGAGAACCAAAGAUCAUGGAGUGGUCAAAACAUUCAGAUGAGACAUUUGGCCUGUCUUCCUUUAUUCGCUGAUAUUUUCUACCCAUGGUCUUAUAUCACUGAAUGAAAUGGAAGCUUACAGGACUCAAAUAUCAGUGAACUAUUUUGAGAUCUUUGAAUAAUUCCUUUAGAGGAAUUAUACAAAAUUAAUAUAUAUGAGUUCUUUGUAAUUUUUUUUUUUUUUUUUUUUUUGAGACAGGAUCUCAUUCUGUCACCCAGGCUGGAGUAUAGUGUCUUGAACACAGCUCACUGCAGGUUCAACCUUCUGAGCUCAAACAAUCCUUCUGCCUCAGUCUCCCCAGUAGCUGGGGCUUUAGGUGGGCACUGCCACACCAGACUAAUUUUUGUAUUUUUUGUAGAGACGAGGUCUCACCAUGUUGGUCAGGCUGGUGUCAAACCGCUGGGCUCAAGUCAGUCCACCCACCUCACCCUCCCCAAGUGCUGGGAUUACAGGCAUGAGCUACUGUGCCCAGCCUUACGGACGUCCUUUUGAAGUAUCUUUUUCACUCAUACAAUAUGAAUACAUUUAUUUAGACUUUUUCUAGAACUUUCCUGUUUUCAUGUCUUUGCUUCAUCUGGAAUUGGCUUCUUGACACCCUUUUAUAAAGUCUGUUUGUAAAAUUUCCAUUGCGACAUCAAUACGAAAUAUAUUUUGUAAUAUAGGAGUUUAUAUUUUUUUUUAUUAAAAUAGCAAUGAAAGCAAAA